AGUGUGGUUUUCCCGGCAGCACGUGAAGGCAGCGAAAGUUCGAAAAGUAUGGCGGCGGAGGGUUUGACAACAGUAACAGAGCAGUGGAUACGGGACAAACUACGAUUGAAACAUCCGUGUCUGAGUGAUGUCCGCUCGCUGAGCCUCCCGGGGACAUAUGAGGAGAAGAUCAGUCAUCUGGGAAAUGCUCUGCACAACUUCGUCCUUCUCAAGUCUCUGGAUCUGUCCUGCAAUGCUCUCGUUUCUGUUGAGGGGGUUCAACACUUGAAAUCACUGGAGAGGCUGAUCCUGUACUAUAACUGCAUACCCUCCCUUGAAGAGGUGAAAGUGCUGUAUGAGCUGACAUCUUUGAGAGAGCUGGACCUCCGACUCAACCCUCUGACCAAGCGUUACCCAAACUUCCGCCCUUACGUUGUACAUGCCAUGCCCAAUCUACGCAAGCUCGAUAGCUGUUCAGUCAGUGACACCGAGCGAAAAGCUGCCAUAAUGCAGUUCUCCUCUGACGUUUUACCUAACCCUAACCCGAAGAGCUCCCGUCAAAGUCAGUGUGAAGACAAAAGAAGCAGCGAUGUAAGAUUGGCUCAAGUUAACCGCUUGACCAAGAGGCUCUCUCUCCUAACUGAACCUAAUGAUAUUGUAUUAAACUUUGUGGAGAUGAAUCCUGGAGACCAAAGGGAAACCAUCUCGGAUACUGUUCACAAGAAGGCAGGAAAACCUGCAGAGGAAGAACCAACAGAUUUUACAGCACAGAGGAGCUCAACUCCUAAACAGGAAACGGCUAAAUCCAUCCUGAGGUAUCCCCCCACAAAAUAUGAUAACACCAGGUCGAAAAUGCCUCACGUGAAAGAUCUGUCUCAUAAAAAAAGUUCUACCUCAUCAAAAGUGACUGAGAGACCAAAGGUGUCCUUCGGCCCCUAUGUAGAGAGACGACCUGCACCCAGAAAACCGGAGGAUUUCCCCAAACAAACCAGACACGUGGCCAAAGGACAUUUCACCCCCAAUCCUGAUCAAAGUCAGCGUCUUUGUUCUUCAUUCGUUAACAUCCGACCUCCCAGUCCUCAUCGUCCUGGUUUGAAUCUGUCUGACCCCUCAAACCCCAUCUUACAUCCUCCAAGACUGACCUACUCCAGCUUCAACAAGACAGAAGGGGGCUCCAGCUCCCUGCAGCAAGAGGAAAUGAAGAAAAAGGGUAGUUACAGGAAACCCCUGGAGAUGCUUCUUAAUCUCGUGGACAAACACUGGAAAGGAGAGAGGUCCCUGCAUCAAAACAACAACUUCCUGUCUCAGGCAGUCAAGAUCCUCUCUAUGAUGGAAAACGAUAUUUCCCUCCGGGAGGCUGAGGUCAGGACCUUAAGACGGGAAGCCGGCGCGCUGAGUGUCCAAGCGGCUGCACAAGAGCAGGAGCACAAAACUGAAGUCCGUAACCUCUCUGCUCAGCUGGAGGAAACUCGCUCUGCAGUUGGCAAACAAAACAAUCAACUGAGGAUUGUCUUGGAGGAAAACGUCGCUCUGCAGAAACAGCUCAUCAAGUUAGAGCGACAGUAUCUCAAGUCAAUGAUGAAAAGUUCACCUGUGACUCAGAUUAAAGAGGCUCAGACAGAAGUGGAGGAGCUGAGGAAAGAGAUUGAGGGGCUGAGGGAGAAAGUGCGCGAGGCUGAGACAGUCAAGGAAUCGUCAGAUAUACUGCAAGAAAGCCAGGUCCCUGGUAGCUACCAAUGAAGGUUUGCUGGCUGAGCUGAAGGGGAAAGGGGAACGUAAAAGAAGCAUUUGAAUGAGGAGACACACACCGGUAUGAAAAUAUGUGUCAUAUUAGCAUUGCAGUAAUUGCAUGAGGCCCGGCAGCUAAAGAGUGUUUUUAAUUCAUUAUAAUUUAUUUACAGUCCUUGCAGUGUACACUUCAUUUUUGAUCGUUGUAAUUUCCCAGCCGAUUCUAUUAAUCUUUAUUAUUUCCCCCCCAAAAAAUUUACAGAUUGUGUUUUCUCGAUGGAAACAGUGACGAGAGAAAGGCAAUUCAUUCAAGCAUGGUUGUGUAUAAUUGUGUGACAAGGCCGUUAUGCUAACAAAUGAUUCUAGAGGAAAAAAUGUUAGAGAGAAGGUCACAACGUAUUUCCUGGAUCUGUAGCAAGAUUAGGGCUCUCUUGGCUGUUUUUAUUUUUUUUUAAUGUUUUUAGGUCAGUUGUGUCUCCAUCUGCUUUGUACACUGCAGUGGAAUGAAUGCAUCUAGAUUCCAGCUGCACUGUGACUUUAUUUAUACCUCUGCCUUGGGGCUGGAGAGCUUCGCACACAUGCACUUUUCUCUAGCAGACGCUAAUGCCGGACCUGGCAAACCAGGUUAGACUGUGGACUCUGCAUAAACUCAGCUGAAUGUAGCUUUGACUCUCACGUGAAUGGUACACGUUCCUGGAAAAAGCCAUAAUAAAAAAUAACACCUCAUAUUUUGACAGAUUUUUUUAUUUUCAAUAAAGCACUACAAAUCAUGAACACACAUUAAGAGGUCUAAAGAACAAGAACAAAACCACGCUGCAUGCACCAGGGCACAACAGUACAUUAAAAGUUAUUUGAAAAAUAAGACAGUAUCGUUCCUCCACAUUAAAGGUGCACAGUAUUUGGCAUUAAGCACAGAAAACAGAUCAUACCCAAGCUACUGCAGCAGACAAAAACUAACACACCGACCCAUAGCUGCUGGUUUUCCACUUGGUGCCUGAUUCUUCAUCAGCUGAGGCUACAGGUAGUGUGUGACGAGUGCGGCAGAAACACUGUCACUAUGCUGGAAAAAUAUUAUUCUAUAAAAGUUUAUUACCUGUGCAAUUUUCCCUUUUUCUCAUAGAGUAUGCAGUACGUCAGGAGACAUCAGUAAAAAAACAAGCUUUUGUUUUUAGUUGCGAUCUGGAUGACAGAACCGCACAUGAAAUGUCUUCUAAAUUUGUAUCAUUAGACAAAUCCAAUAGCAUUAGUGUGUGGCUGACUUUGUACAUGUACAAGUUUACACAUAUUGAUUUCAAGCAGUACGAUAUUUUAUCACGAUCUAGGACAGAGUGUUAGGGCCGUACUGAAGAAAAAAACACGAGAUUUCAAGAAUAAAGUUAUAAUUGGGAAAAAAGUCAUAAUAUUACAAGAAUAAAGUCAAAUUAUUCUAAGUAUUCUAUUUUAUUUUAUUACGAAGAUAAAGUCGCACUAAGUUCCACUUAAUCUGGUUUCAAGAUCUUGAACCAAUAUCAUUGUUUCCUGAGAAACUACGCAACCUAUUUGAAUCUCACACAGAUGUAAACAACCUCACAUUCGACCACGACCGAACAUUUCCUCCUCCACUAAAGAGGCCACUUCCUCCAAGGUUCAUCAGAAUAGACACGGUUUGUUACACAAUCUUUUCAAAGUCCUGAUACUUACAACGAUGUGGUGCUGAUUUGAAAAAUGAUUUAAUAUUUUGUUAUUUGUGAAAUAUUCCUCAUUUUUGGAUAUUUCCUGCCUGAGAUUAUGACUUUUUUCUCUAACAAUUACAACUUCUUUCUCAUACAAUGAUGACUUUAUAUACAAUGAAUGUAUUCUUAAAACUUGUUCCCUUUUAUUUCCCUUUUAAUUGGCCCUAAUACUCCAUCAUAAUGACUCCACAAUGUCAUCACUUAUGAAAAUAAUAAUUAAGUCUGUCCAGUAGUCUGUCUUCACAGCAGGCACAGCAGUUAAGAUAAGUUAAGACAAACUCCUAAUGUCAUCUUUAUGCUUCUGAAUCAUAUGCAAUAUACAUAACAUGCACAAAGUACAGCAAUACAAGAAAAAAAGGUACAAAGCCAGUGUCAUAAAUUAAGCCUUGUGGCUCUAAUGUUUUAGAAUAUACACAAUCUUACCACAAAUAUAUUAGAACUACUGUAUAUAAAUCUAAUCGAGGGACUAACAAUAUAA